GGUAUAAUUACUUAUAUAAGUGAUGAUAUGUUACUACAAAGUUGAAAGUUCUUAGAAAUUUCUCCCUGUUGACAAAAAUCUGGUGUCAUCAUUUCGAAUCAUGAGUAGCCGUUACUUUAUUACAACAGACUCAUUGUGUAAUUCUAGGAUUAUUGGUCCAGAAAGAAUGGAUCUUGAUGUAAGAAGAACAGCCCCUUCUUCUUCUUCUUCUUCUUCGUCUUCGUCUUCAUUCUUGAUAAGAAUGGCAAUUCGAAUAUCAAGAUCAAGAUGUUUUAGUUUCUUGAGAAGAGUGUUUCAUUACCAAAAUGGUUCAAGUUCAGAACUUGGCUCAAAUCCCUUCAAUUCUGUGACUUGGAUGAUUAUGGAGUGUAUAGCUUUGACUGUUCAAAUAAUUGUUACAACAUAUACAUUGGUUGUUACAAAAGAGGAAAGGCCUGUUUGGCCAAUGAGGAUUUGGGUAUUUGGAUAUGGUUUUGGUUGUGUUAUUAGUUUGAUUCUGCUUUAUUGGAGAUAUUGGGCAUUAUAUGUGAGCCAAACAGAUGAUACUGAUCUUGAGCAGCAAAUAAGCCACGACGAAUCAAGGGAGUUACCGUCUCGGAUGGAGAGAUGUAGGACAUGGAUAGAGUUCUUCUUUGCUAUAUGGUUUGUGAUGGGGAAUGUUUGGGUAUUUGAUUCAAGAUUUGGAUCAUUUCAUAAUGCUCCUAAACUUCAUGUUCUUUGCAUAUCACUACUAGCUUGGAAUGCUGUCACAUACUCUUUUCCCUUCAUAUUAUUUGUGUUGUUGUGUUGUUGUGUGCCAAUUUUGAGUAAUUUUCUUGGCUACAAUAUGAAUAUGGGAUCAGUAGAUAGAGGUGCAACUGAUGAACAACUCUCCAAUUUGCCUAGUUGGAAGUACAAAGAAAUUGGAAAUAAAGAGGAGAUUACAAGUUGUGAUGAAUGUUGUAUUUGUUUGGCCAAGUACAAAGAGAAAGAAGAAAUCAGAGAGUUGCCUUGUUCUCAUAUAUUCCAUCUCAAUUGUGUUGAUCAAUGGCUCAAAAUUAUUUCUUGUUGUCCUCUUUGUAAACAAGAAUUAGAAAGGUAAU